AUCGGCCAAAAAACCCCAGCCAUACCAACACUGACGUAAACAAGGAAACUCUCUGCACCAAAACAUUUAGAACGAAAAACCCUUCAAAUUCUCUUCAACGUUUAAUUGACUUUAUAGUCCGCGCGUGUCUGCAAUCUGCGAUGAUAAACCAGCGAGGAAGAAACCCCGGAAGUUAGCAACAACGCUUUUUUUUUUUGUGCGUAAAAAUAAAAAUGUGUAAAGUCAAAAAGCUUAGAGCCUUAAUGGAGCAGCGACUCAAUGCUGUGGUGGAAGAAAUAUUUGGACUGUUUGAAAGAACCAUAGCAGAGUACGAGGAGGAACUUUCCAGAACGAGACGGGAGGAAGGGCGACAAGUUGACGUCCUGGAGGCUGUUUUCCAAUCUCAGGCGGUGCUGCACACAGCAGAAAUCCAGCAGGUGACGGUGGAGAGUCAAGAGGAGAGUCCAUCUCAGGAGCAGGAGUGGAGUUUCACUGUGGGGCAAAAGGAGCUAGAGCCCCUCCACUUUAAAGAGGAUGAGGAGAAACUAUGGGAGCAGCCUCAAUGGUUGGAGGAGACCGAUGAAGAUGAUGAAGAGACUCUGUUUUCACGCUUUCAUCACAGUCAACGUGAGGAGAACAGAGGAGCGGAGAUUCCAGCUCAGCACAUUACCGAAUUUGAUGGAGAGAAUUGUGAAGGGAUAAACUCAGAACCAGACAGCAUCUUCGCUCCGCUGUCAGACACAGGCGACAUGAUGAGCGAUCACAGUGACGACAUCCAAAAACCUUUGGAAAGUCAGAAGAACUCUGAAGGCGAUAUGAGACUUAAUACUAGCAACAAACCCUUUGCAUGCUCCGAAUGUGGGAAGUCCUUUCGAUGGAGAAGUAAUUUGGCAGCACACAAAAGAACACACACUAGAGAGAAACCCUUUGCUUGCUCGGUUUGCGCCAUACGAUACACUGUACGGUAUUCCCUGAACAGACACAUGAUGAUACACACGGGGGUGCCCCCUUUGUCCUGCUCAGUCUGUGAGAAAAGAUUCUUCCUUAAGCGUAGUAUGAUAUCACACAUGAAAACACACACUGCCGAGAAACAUUUGGCUUGCUCCGUUUGUGAUCAAAAAUUCAAGAAGACACGUGACAUGAGAUUACACAUGAGAACGCACAACGAUGAGAAACCGUUUACCUGCUCCGUUUGCAGGAAGAGUUUCUCUAAAAAGGUCUCCAUGACCAAGCACAUGAAAUCACACGUGAAGGAGAAGCAAUUUCCCUGCUCGCUUUGCCAUAAAAGAUUCACUUGUAAAAAUUCCGUCACGAUGCACAUGAGAACGCACACUGGGGAGAAACCGUUCAAUUGCAACGCGUGCGAUAAAAGGUUCAUGUAUAAGUAUCAGGUCAGCAGACACAAAUGUGUAACGGUCAUGGAAGAUGCAGGGAAAUAGAUACACAUAUGUUGGAAUUGUGCUAAAUGUACUUUAAACACAGCUUGAUUGAUAAGCAUCUUAUGUUUUAGACUGCAGCUUGUGGUUCUCAUUUAGUGUUUUGUGUUUUCUUAUCACAUCUGAAGCUGUGUGCGGUUAUAAAAUACUCAAAGUAUGGUUAUCUUUUUAUUUAUUUGUGUUUAAUAGAUAAUAGAACAACUGUUAUUACUGUGACUGGAUUGCCAUUGGGUUUGGAUUAAUAUAAUGAAUAUGGAGGAAAAUUCAUUCCAUUUGAAACAUUUAGUUAUUUCCCAAAUUAUAGUAUAUUCAGUGGGGCAAAGAAGUAUUUAGUCAGCCACCGAUUGUGCAAGUUCUCCCACUUAAAAUUAUUUCAGAGGUCUGUAAUUUUCAUCAUA